CCGCCAGUAUUCCACGACGGCACCAAGGAGUGGAUGUGCUGCCACAAACGAAGCCACGAUUUCUCGCUCUUCCUCGCCAUCCCAGGCUGCAAGCGUGGCAAGCACACCACAGAGAAACCCAAGCCACUCACCCCUGCAACACCAUCACCAGCACCAGCGCCAUCCCCAGUUCGUGCAGCAGGAGUGAGUUUAGAGGCAGAAACUGCGACAACAGCAGCAGCAGCAUCAUCAUCAGCAGUAGCAGCAUCGUCGCAGCAGCACGCAACAUGCAAUCGGUGCUCUCAGGGCUUCUUCUGCUCUGAUCACAAUGCACGGCAAGGUCCAUCUGCUGCUGCUCCCCCCCAGCCCUCCCGGCCGCCGUCGUGGGACAUCAAUGCGGAGCGCACGUGCAGCAACAAGGGGUGUGGCGCCAAGUACCGGGAGAUUGACAACAGCGAUGGCGCAUGCAAGCACCACCCGGGGCCUGCUGUUUUCCACGACAGAAAGCGAGGG